GAUUGUUUGCCACCUUUAGCCAGCAUUAUCAAAAUGUCUGACUUAAAUGAUGACCUAUUAAAUUAUGAAAUAGGAGAUGUUAUAGAUGAUCAAGUUUUGUAUGGUGCCGAUGAGGACGAGCUAUUGCUUUCAGAUGAAGAUCUUGAAAAGGACGUUUCAAAGGAGGAAAAACAAAAAAUAAAAUCUGAAGCCGAAGAAUGGGUCAAAUCUCAAAUUAAAGAUAAGAAUAAGAAGACAUUAGAAAGUGCGGAUGAAAAUAAUGCCGUUGGAGCUAAACUAAAAGAAUCUCCCCAAUUACAAACGGCUGUCACAAAUAAGAAACAAGGGCAGAGCAAUGCCGAAAUUGAUACAGCGCUAGCCCAAAAAUGUGAACAUGAAGAUGUCACGGCGUGCAAUGAAAACAUACCGACCACAUCUGUACCCAAUGAUACCUUGCUUACCGCAGAGGUAUCGUCAAGCUCAAACAAGGAAUUGGAUGUGGAGCAAUCAUCGACGGUGUCGAACUCAACCACAUGCGGCUUGGCAAAUGACUCGAGUGCUUCAUCAGCCAUACCAAGUUCCCAAGAAAGUGCUAGUGUUACCUUGAGCCAUGGUGAUAUUUCUGAUCCGCGUGAAGACUUCGAGGAAGAACGCGAAGAGCGAACCAAUAUUAAGACGACGAAUGAAAGAGAAACAUUUGAGCAAAGCAAUGAACAGUCACCAGAAAAAUCCAUGAGUCGCUAUGUUCCUCAUCAGAAACGAAAUGGUGCCCCACUGAUUCGAGGUCAUCCUAUGCGAGGUCCCUCUCCCCUAUUUCCCCGCCCUCCCCUGCGAUUCCCCCACCAUGGUAAUAUAUCCUUGCUGUCACCAGCACACUUCUCGCCUUUGGGCAACUUAGCAACAGUUACGUUAACACACGCUACCACGAAUCCUCUUAUUCCAGGUCAACAAUUCUUAGCUCCACAGCAAACCAAUCCUAAUCCCUUUGGCUCACAACCCCCUCCCAAUACAAUGCACAAUCCCACUCAUGGUCCCUUACCCCCCAACCUAGAUCACAACAAUCCCCAUCAACGACCUCGUCAUCCAUUUGGCUUCCGACCGGGGCCAAUGGGAGGUUUUCGACAUCCUAACCCCGGUGGCAUGUAUGCGCAAGCACCAAAUGAGUACAAUCCUAAUCAAGGCCCUGCAGCCUUCAACCAUCCAUAUGGCGCACCAAGAAACUUGUUUCGACCAGAUGGUCCAAUCGGUAAUGCCCCGCCAGGUAUGCGACCGGGGAUGCGAAUGCAAAGACCACCAUUACAAGCACUACCGCCUCACGCUAUGGCCGGACAAGUUAGUUUUAUGAAUGCUUCUUCAUUGCAAAUACGGCCACAAGCGGUGCCCGGGCCACAACCUCAACCUGGAACUAACCAAUCGGCAGUUGCAGGGAGCAAUCCACAACCUGUGCCGCAAAUUCCUGCACAGCCAGCCCCAGCAUCGGCGAUAGCUCCAAGGAAGGUUUUAAUAAAUCCCAACUUUAAGGGAGGUGUUGAAGCAGCCACAAGUAAAUUUAUACAGGAGACUCAGUAUAUGGGAAUAAAUAGUGGUGGACAGGUUCCGCGCAUACAAAGCGACGAGGAGUUGCUGCGUCAGCAAGAAGAGUUCAUUAAUAAAAAUCGGGAGCAUAUUGAAAAACGACGCCAUGCUAGAGAAACUUCACCGACCCGACGUUCGCGCACCCGGUCGCCACGGAGUCGCUCAAGGACUAGAUCACGCAGCAUGUCUCGGGAACGAAGUUAUACUCCACCAAAACGCCAUCCGAAUGGGGGCCCAAACAACAAUCGAAAUGAUCGUUUCGAUCGUGAGCGAGAUCGUGACAGGGAACGUGAAAGAGACCGAGAAAGAGAUCGUGAUCGGUCCGGAAAUAACGAUGGCAACAUGAGACCAGGCCGUGCCGGAAGUCGUGAUAGAGAUGACCGUGAAAGAGACCGUAAUCGUCCAGGACCAGCAUACAAUAAUCGACAAGCAGGCGGGGGCGGUAAUCGUUUCAGACGUGGCAACAGCAGAGAUCGUGAUUAUCAAGGAAGCGGAGGAGGUGGCAACUAUGGCAAACGUCGUCGUAGUAAAUCUCCCUCGCCUGGCAACAGAGCUGGUAAUUUCGGCAAUAACCGGGGACGGUAUAACAAUGAUCGUGAUAAAGCGGAGGUUGAUGAGGAUGAGGAGACCCGUGCUUACCGUUUGCAAAUUGAAAAACAGAAGGCGCUAAGAGAGCAAAUAAUGCGAGACAAAGAAAUGAAACGUCGUCGUGCAGCUGAAGAAAAACAAUACGAGGAAAAACGUGGCAAUUCAUCUCAUCCUCAUAAGGACGAUCAAACACAACAACAGCCACAAUCACAGACACAACAGCAGCAGCAGCCACCCCAAAAAUUUAAGGAAGUUGUGCCAGAACGUAAAAUAAUUUCUUUGAAAAAACGUCCACAAACGCAGUCCACAGACGGUUUUGAUGAACACGCGAAUACGCAAAGAAAAACUAUACCUACGGCAAAAAUAUUGCCCGAAGCCAAGAAAACUUUGACCGACCAUUUAGCUAACAAUGUAUCGUCGGGUUCGGCCAGAGAACAUUCAAGUAGUCUCGCAAAUAACACGGCUGUCAUAAAGCCAGUCCUCAUUAAAGAUACAUCGUCCUCGUCGUCUUCGUCGGCAACCGUUGCAGCUAUCAGGCCGCAACCACAAAAUCACCAUCAACCUCCAAGGCGUUUAUCCUCACGCUGUGAAGACGAAGUGCAAUUGGACUACGAUGAGGAUGAUCUCUUGCUUGACGAGGAUGAUUUAUUAGCUUCGGAGCCGGAAGCAUCGCCGCCUAGAGAUGCGUUGAGCAAAAGAAGAGACAUCUCACGCACACCAUCACCUGAGCCAGCUGCCAAAGCAUUGUCUAGAAGGCAUUUCCAAGUGCGCGGCAGCGGUGGCAAUAGUAAUAGUGGUGGUGGCGGUGGAACAUCCAAGCAAAGCUUAAGUUCCUCCAACCGCAGAAUAGUUUUGAAAACUUCAUCCAACACCACGUCGACGUCUUCAUCUACAGGUAACAGAGGCGGCGCUAACAUCUCGGGAAAUGGUAAUGGAAACUCACGCAGAGUCAUUCUUGAUCGUUUGGAUGUGCGCAAUCAUGGUAGCAGUGGCAGUAGGCAGCAAUCGCCGGCACAUGGAGGCGGCGGCGGUGGCGGUGGCUCCAGUGCAGAUUCGAAGCGCAAGCCACAAAGAAUAAUUUUAAAGCAUGACUAAGCGUAAACCUUGCACUAUCUGAUAAUCUUUUUUUCUCUCCAAAUCUCUCUGUUCAUCCCUCUGCUCUUGGGAGCAAUUAGUUUUCGCUUUACUUUCCCAACACUUUUAACAAAUAUUUAUAAACGAAACAUGCUUUAAAUGUAUCAGCCUAUAAACAAUCAAACUCUAUUACAUACAUCAAAUUGUAAAGAAAUUACAAACAAAGUUUUAACGAAAAGUAAAGAAUGGAAGAAGACCGUACUGCUAACAAAGACUUAUGUGUAUUUAGCAAUUUGCAAAUAAAUUGUAAACAGAAAUAAUUCGUUACUUAAGCAGACAGAUUUUUCACAAACACACACACACAUAUAUAUAUAUAUUAUAUAAUUUGUAUGUCGUAAUAUUGAAUGAAUGAAUGAAUGCCAAGUUGAAAGAUGUAUGUAUGAGUAAGCCAAUGAAAUUUCUUAGAACACACAAUUAAAUUUGUUUGUUAAAUAUGAAAGGCAUAGCAUUUAGACAUUUGAGCCGCUUAGGAAAACAUGGAAAGCUCAUUUCCAAAACAUGCAAAAAUCUAUUAGAUAUGCCAUUUUUAAAAAUUUUGCUUAAAUAAAUUGAAAAGUUUAGUAGAUCUAUGUACGGGAACAGACACACACACACACAUACACAAAAUGUUUUUCAAAGGCAUAUAUAUUAAGCCAUGCCGCUUUUCAAGUUCAAAAUCUUUUUCAAUACCUUUACAAUGGCAGUUUUUUUUUUCGAAAUUAUAUUUUCGACCAAUGUCGUCAUGGACAUAUUCCUCGCCUUACACAAUUAAACUUGCAUUCAUGAUAUAAAAACAUAUGAUAGGGAGAAUUAGCAGCUCUCAGAAUUGUUUGUAAUCUUAAUAUAUUUUUUACAUAAGGAUAUAUGUAAUAUUUUUUUAAUGAAUUUAUUUUUAAAAUUAUUGUUUUUCUUUUUUUUAACUUUUACAUGAGAAUGUGUUUUUGUUUUGAUUUUUAUGCCUUUUUUAACUACUUUAUCUUAAGUGUUUUUUCAGCAAAUUUGACAAACUCCUAUCUAUAGCUUUGACCAUAGAGAAACCUUGACCACAAUUGCAAAAAAAAAAAAAAUGAAAUUAUAUUCCUUUGUUUUUUGAAGGCUUUGUAAAAUGUUUACUUGACUUUUGAAUAUUUUCUCUUAAAUUAAGUAUAAAAAAGAUCACAUAUAACUGUAUUAUUGCCAUUUACGAAUAAUCCUAAGACCUUUGCCCUUAGAGUAUAUAUAUAUAUAUAUUAUGUCUUGCUAAUGGACUAGCAAUGCAUUUUGUUUCGCAUAAAAAUUGCUUUUGCCACCUUGUCUGCAAAAGAAUUUCACAAAUGUUUUUUUUCCCCAAAUAAAGGCAAGCCACCAAUAUAUGAUACAUUUUAUUUGAUAUAUUCAAUUUUAAUCUGUUUUGAUUUAUUCUUUUUUUUUUUUAAUUUGAUAGUUGUAAGUUGAUGCAUAUUUUAAGCCAUAAUUUUAGAAUAUGUCUAGAUUUAAGUUAUAGCCGAUAAGUUAAAUUAACCAAUCAUUUUAUUAUUAGACUUAAGGAUUCAUUCAACACAUUCAUCUCCCUUAGCCUGUAAGAAAACCCAAAAGCAUAAAAAGUGAUUGCUUGGCUUCAAACACAAGCACAUAUUAAUUAAACCAACUCAAUAAACAAACCCCCAUGAUCUAAAA